CCAGAGACAACAAUCAUUGCCGCAAGAAUACGAGCCAAGUUCUGAAACCUCUGAUCCAGAAUUUGACGAGUAUAUGGAUGAAGAGGCAAUAGUUAAACCUGGUGAUUCAUAUCAAAGUGAGGACGAAGAAGAGAUUGAUGCGGAACUCGAAGAAAUGAUGGAAGAAGACGAUGACGAAUAUAUCGAACUUGAUUCGAGAGUGGAGGAAGGAGAGGAAGAAGUUGAACAAGUUGAAGAAGAGGAGACAGAGCAAGCUGAAGAGCCAGAGGAAGAAACUGAACAAGUCGACGAUGAUAUUGACGCAGAAGACAUAGACGAGUGUGAUGAUGCAACUCCUAGCAAACCAACUACCACCCGACGAACGAGGGGAAGUAGAAGUAUUUCACGACGUGCACCUCAAAAACAAAAACGGCCUAUGAGGCAACAUAAAACGUCGCCUCAACAUCAAACUGAAUCAUCACCUUCCUACGAUGCUCGUAUUCUUACCAAACGACAAAGAGCUAAGUUAGAUGACAAUUAUGAUUCAGACUUGCUUCAACUUCCAAUGGAACCAAUGAAAAAAAAACAAUUAACUGAGGAGGAAAUGCUUUUAAAAAAAUCAGAAAUUGCGCGAAGAAGAAAGCAUCAAAGCAUCCAACGUGCUGAACAAGAUAAGAUGGACACAAUUAAUCGCCUUUUAAAAAAACAAGCAUCUAAAAAACGAUCAAAGGAUCAGGACGAAACUGACAGUAUUAACAAAGAUGAUAAUGGUACGAAUCCACAAACACCGGUUGCAUUUCGUUAUGUUACCAACAAGGAUGGUUGUACAUUAUCGGUUCCACAUGAUGUUGAGAUGCCAAUUCAAUUUUCAAAAGGACCAAAUUAUCCACCGCCUAUCCCUUUAUGUUCAGUAUCUGGUUGUACGCGUCCUAAGAAAUACCGUUGUGUAAAUACGCUCAAGUAUGCAUGUUCUAUGGAGCAUCUUAAAAAAGUGGAUACACUUGUCACACAAAAGUUUUGA